CACCUGAAGAAGAACCAUCAGAUAGAGGAGAAUGGCGGAUGUGAUUACGGUCGGCGUGAACCUGGAGGCUUUCAGUCAGGCCAUCAGCGGCAUCCAGGCGCUCCGUUCCAGCGUCACUCGGGUCUUUGACUCCCUGAAGGACGGCAUGAAGAAUCGGGAGACUCUUGAGGGUCGAGAGAAGCAUUUUAUAGCAGAGUUUCAGGACCACCUGCAGGCCGUCAACAGAGACCUGAAUGAGUUGGAGAGACUCUCUGGCCUGGUUGGUCGGCCUUCAGAGUCCCACCCCCUUCACAACAGCGGCCUGCUCAGCCUGGAUCCAGUUCAGGACAAAACCCCUCUUUACUCCCAGCUUCUGCAGGCCUACAAGUGGUCCAACAAGUUGCAGUAUCACGCUGGUCUGGCCUCCAGUUUGUUGAACCAGCAGUCACUCAAACGGUCAGCCAAUCAGAUGGGAGCAUCAGCCAAGAGGCGACCCAAAGUCCAACCCAGUACCCUUGUGCUACCUCCUCAGUACGUGGAUGACGUCAUCUCUCGAAUUGGCAGGAUGUUUCCCGAUUUGACCAUCGAGUUGUUCAGACCCAACGGGACGUCUGCUGUGCUACUGGUGACACUUGGAAAAGUCCUGAAGGCCAUCGUGGUCAUGCGUUCUCUGUUCAUCGACAGAACCCUCGUCCGAGGUUACAACGAGACUCUCUACAAUGAGGACGGAAAGCUUGACAUCUGGACUAAAUCUCAGUACCAGGUCUUCCAGAAGGUAACCGACCAUGCCACCACAGCCCUGCUGUACUACCAGCUGCCCCAGAUGCCAGACGUGGUGGUGCGGUCCUUCAUGACGUGGCUCCGGAGCUACAUCAAGCUGUUCCAGUCUCCCUGUCAGCGCUGUGGACACUUUCUGCAGGAUGGGCUUCCACCUACCUGGAGGGACUUUCGGACCCUGGAGGCAUUCCAUGACACCUGUCGCAUGUAGACAAGCACGCCAGGGUGUUUG